AGUGUCCUGGAGGAGACGACAAGACGGACGCGCUCAGCUCUUCUGCAGCCAGAAACUUUUCCUUGUCCUCUGCUAUAAGAAGCAACACAUAUUUAGGUUGUUUCUUUUUACCACCUGCUGGGACGAGGAGAUAAAUAAAAACACACAGAGGCUAUGCUUUAGCUCGUGAAGACAUUUUAUUUUCUCUGAGCUAAUCCUAUUUUCCCGGAGGGGUUUUAAAAAUAGCUGCCAUGAGCUCCGAGGAGACCUCAGACAGUGACUCCAACAAGCUGGAGUCUGUGAUCCAGCGGCUGGAGGAGAGCGUCCUGUCUGAGGAGAAGAGGCUGACGGUCCGAGGCCCCUCACCUGACGCCCCCCCUGCACGUCUGCCGGCGCGAGUGCGAGAGAUCGUCACGAAGAACCUCAACGACAGCUCCGGGGCCAUGUCCUCCUCGGUUCUGUCCCUCCAGGACGAGAACCAGGUGCUGCAGGGGGAGCUGGCCCGGCUGGAGGACCUGCUGGCGCACAGCCGUGCGGACCGGGACGAGCUCGCCAUCAAGUACGGAGCCAUCAGCGAGAGGCUGGAGCAGGCGCUGCGGUUUGAAACCGGAGAGGGUGACCUGGAUCCAGCUGAGUCCCGCAGCCUGGCUCAGCAGAACGUGGACCUGCGCCGCCGGCUGGACGAGGAACAGGCCGCCUACAAGCGCAAACUCACCGCCUACCAGGAGGGCCAGCAGAGGCAGGCGCAGCUCGUGCAGAAGCUUCAGGCCAAGGUGCUUCAGUACAAAAAGAGAUGUGGGGAUCUGGAGCAGACGCUGCAGGAGAAAUCUGCCCAGCUGGAGAAACACAGUGUGGCUGGUGGCAGUGAAACAUCAAACGGUCGUCAUGCAGAGGAAGUGAGCAGCAACCUGGAGGAGGCUUUAAUACAUCUGGAGGAAGAACAGCAGAGGAGCAGCAGCUUGUCUGCGGUGAACGCGAUGCUGCGAGAGCAGCUGGAGCAGGCCGGUUUGGCCAACGAGGCUCUCAGCCGGGACAUCCGCAGGCUCACUGCUGACUGGACGAAAGCCAGAGAGGAGCUGGAACAGAAGGAGUCGGACUGGAGGAGAGAAGAGGAGUCUUUUCACAGCUACUUCAGCAGCGAGCACAGUCGGCUGCUGAUCCUGUGGCGCCAGGUGGUCGGGUUCAGGAGYCACGUCGGUGAGAUGAAGAGCGCUACGGAAAGGGACUUGUCGGACAUGCGUAACGACCUGGCCCGGCUGUCCCACUCGGCUCAGACGUCCUGCGCCGGCCUGUCUGCUUCUCUGGAUGGGCGGGCGGGAGGCGCCGCUCUGGAGCGGGAAAAGGCCCUGAGGGUUCAGCUCGAGCAGCAGCUUCGAGACCGGGUGGUGGAGAUGAUGAACUUCCAGAGCAGGCUGGAUGCAGAGAGGAGCGAGCUGAGCCUCAGGUUGUCCGAUUCAACAGGAGACUGCGAGCGACUAAAGGUCCAAAUCGCAGAAAGAGAUGAGGAAGUUGUUUCUCUGAAGAGGAGGCUGGAGGAGCAGAGCAGCAGUGAUGAGACGGACCUGCAGCUGAUUCGAGCUCACUCUGAGGUCCUGCUGGACACCCUGCGGGACAUCGCUCAGACGGUCCUGUCAGAUGGGGAGUCGUCGUCAGAAGCCGAUCGGGACGACUCUGCGGCCCCGCUGCUGGCGCUGAUCCGGGACCCCUCCCCUCGCUGCUCCACGUCUCUGCGGAAACUGCCGUCCCCUCUUCAGUGCUCCUCGCCGUCUCCUCUCCCCGAUGCGGCCCUGUCCGCUCUCCGCUCGGCGGUCAAGAACAGGAUGCUCCAGCUGCAGGAUGUCCGAGGCCGUCUGCUCUCCGUUCAGUCUUCAGCGCAGCAGCUCCGAAAGCAGCUCUCCGAGUCCGAUUUGGCCAAAAGAGACGCCGAGCGGCAAAACCAAACACUGCAGCGGGAAAAGGAGGCGGCUCAGAGGGAGCAGGAGGCUGCUCAGAAGGAGAGGGAGCGUCUGAAGCAGGAGAAGGAGGUGUUACUCAGUGAGAAGGCGAACCUGGAGAACUCGGUUCAGGCGGCGGAGAGCAGCGCGCAGAUCCUGCAGAUGGAGCGGGAGAAGCUGCUGCUGGCUGUGGCAUCGGCUCAGCGGGAGCGGCACCGUGAGCGAGAGGAGAAGGAGGCCGCCGUUCAGGAGAGGGAGCGAGCGAAGGCCGAGGCUCAGAGGAUUCAGAAGCAGUGGGAUCAGAGCGAGAGUCGAGCCUCGGCUCAGCGUGGAGCGUUGUCUGCAGCGAGGGAGACGCUUCAGCAGGGGGAGGUGGAGAGGCAGCUGCUGGAGCAGGAGAAGGUCCAGCUGUCCCUGUCGCUGGCUCGGGCUGAAAGUAGCAACAAAGAGCUGUCGCUGCAGCUCAGCAGGCUGCAGUCGGAGGAGGUGGCUCUCAGAGACUCUCUGUCAAAGAUGGGCAACAUGAACGAGGCCCUGGCUCAGGACAAGGCUGCUCUCAACACCUACAUCCUCCAGCUGGAGGAGGAGAAGUCCCUCCUGCACGCUCAGAAACGCGAGGUGGAGCAGGAGAAGCUGACCAUCAGGGAUGAGCUGGUCCGGUUGGAGCAGGACCGGCUGGAGCUGGAGUCGGCUCGCGUGGCACUGCAGCAGUCGGUGCAGGACGCCGAGCUGAGCCGGACGGGGCUGGAGGCGGAGCUGCAAGGUCUCCGAGCCGAGAGGCUGAAGCUGCAGGAGAGGAUCACUCAGCUUUGCGGCGAGGUGACCUCUCUAGACUCGGAGUUGAGUCUGGCUCGAGGAGAGGGUCAGAGGAGCGAGGCGGCCCUGGAGGAGGCCAGCCGCAAUCGGGCUGAACUGUCCCGGGACAAAGCGGCGCUGCUGGUUCAGCUGACGGCGUCYGAGAGAGAAAACACGGCACUGUCGGAGGAGCUGGCUGCUUUCAGGUCCGAGCGGGAGUCCUUGGAGACCAGCGUGUUUGACGUGCAGCAGCAGCUCGCUCAGGUGGAGUCCCGCCGGGAGCAGCUGGAGAUGGAGAACCUUAACCUCAGCGUCCGCUGUGAGACGGCUGCAGCUGAGCUGAAGCGCGUUCGCUCAGAGGUGGAGGCGGCAGCGGCUCAGGCUGACAGGGACAAGCAGGCCCUGCUUCAGGCCCUGAACGCUGCGCAGCUGGAGGCCCAGCAGGCUUUCCAGAAGACCAUCUCCGAGCACCAGGAGGAGAUGGAGAGGCUGCUGUCUGAGAAGGAAGCCGUGUGCCACGCUUUGCGGACGGAGCAGGAGGCGGCUCUGAGGACGCUCAGGCAGGAGACGGAGGAGCAGCUCCACAGAGCGAAGAGGGAAAGAGAGGAGCUGGAGGAGGAGCUGAAGACUCUGCAGCACGACCGAGAUCAGUGUUUGCUGAAGGCUGAGACGGAGAAACAGCAGGCCCUGUCUCUGAAGGAGGUGGAGAAGGCGGUUUUGUCUGACAGAGUGUCCAGUCUGCAGGACGAGCUGUCGGCUGUGACCCUGGAGGCCGAGCGGACGGCCAGAGAAGCUGCUCUUUACAAAGAGCAGGAACAGAUCAGGGUUGGUGCUCUGAGCUCCCAGCUGCUGGAGCUCCAGUCUCAGCUGGACGACGCAGCUUCUGCUCACCAGAGGGAACUCCAGAGUUUACGGGAAACUUGCACCGAUCUUCGAUCUCGUGCCGACGUUGCUCACAAAGAGCUGGAGCAGUGCAGAGCUUCUCUCUCAGCUGCUGAGGAGAGUCAGGACCUCCUGAGGCGGGACUUGCUGGAGGCCGAACGUCGUCGGAGCCAGGCCCAGGACUCGUCUGAAACCUGCAGGAGGGAGGGCUCGGAUCUGCGUCGUAGCCUCAGUGACGUCACCAGGGAGAGAGACGCUCUCAGCCAAUCAAAUGCUCAGCUGAGGGAAGCUCUGCGCAGCGCAGAAACUGAGAGAAUCAGCGUGAAGCGGCUGUGCGAGGAGACGCAGCAGAAGCUGGCUGUACUGGAGGAGAACUUCUCGUCCUCUCAGAAGGAGGUGACGGAGCUGCGGAGCUGCCUGCGAGAGGUCGAGCGGUCACGCCUCGAGGCUCGCAGGGAGCUGCAGGAGCUCCGCAGACAGCUGAAAAUCCUGGAUGGAGAGAAGGAGCAGAGGAGCAGUGAGGUGACAGAGCUGCAGACCCGUCUGUCACUGGAGGAGCAGAGGGAGGAGGAGAGGAUGAAGGAAGUUUUUAUCCUCAAGCAGAAGCUCACUGAAGCUGAAGCAGCCAGAGACUCGCUGAAGAAAGAGCUUUCUGUGACGCAGAAACGUCUGAUGGAGUCGGAGGCGGGCUGGCGCAGCUGUGAGAAGGAGCUMACUGCGCAGCUGCAGGACCUGCGAGGCUGCGAGAAGAAGCUCCAGGACGAAGCCAAGAACCUGUCGCUGCGCGCCCGCUCGGCCCAAGAUGGUGCCGCCCAGUCCGACCUGCAGCUGAGCGAGGCGCAGGGUCGACUGGCUGCCACCGAGGCGGAGCUGACCCGAGCUGAGGCUGCCAAGAGGGACCUGGAGUUCCGCCUCGGCAGCCUGCAGUCUGCGCUGACACGAACACUGGGAAUCGGGGCAAGCGGCAGAGGGUGCAGGGGGCGGAGCCCGGGAGGGAGCUCCACGUCACUGGUUGGCGUGUCGCGCCACCACAGCAGCUCGCCACUGCGGUCCUCACUGACGCCUCCAAAAGAGUUCCGAGGGAGCACCCCUGACAACACCUUAGGCUCUGGAGCUGCGUCUCCUGAACGAGGCGGCACGCCGCUUCCUCUUCCUCACCCGGAGCUGGACUCCGACUCGCUGCGGAGCGGCCUCAGGGACUUCCUGCAGGAGCUGCGGGACGCUCAGAGGGACAGGGAUGAUGCUCGAUGCCAGCUGGGGGUUCUGCAGAGGGAGCUGGAGGAGCUGAAGGGGGAACGAGACUCUGCUCAGAGUCGCCUAUCUCAGCUACAGACCACCUUGCAGGAAAUCCAAGAAGGGAAGCGCGGACUGGAUGAGCGUCUGACCACCACCCAGAUCCUGCUGCAGCAGCAGGAGGAGGGGGUGAGGAGGGGGGACAGGGAGCGGAGAGCCCUCGCCGACAGGGUGAGGAGCUUAGAGCGAUCCCUGCAGACCUCAGAGAGCGAUAAGAAGCACACUCAGGAUCAGCUGAACAAGCAGCGUGCGGCUGAGGUGCGGCUGGACGCAGAAAGGAAGCGCCUGCGGGAGGCGCUGGAGGCGGCCGAAGCUCGGGCCACCAGGGUGGAGCUGGGGAGGCGCAGCCUGGAGGGGGAGCUGCAGAGGCUCAAACUGAGUCUGGGRGACAGGGAGGCUGAGAGCCGGGCUUCUCAGGAGCGUCACGACGCUCUGCUCAAACAGGUUGCUGAGGGCGAUGCUCGUGUUUCGGUGCUGCAGAGAGAGGUGGACCGGCUGAACCAGGCUCUGCUCCGAUGUCAGGAAGGAGAAUCUGCCGUCAGAGAGAAGGCCGUGUCUCUGAGUCAGACCCUGCAGGAGGUGACGGCCUCCCACGGCGGCACGCAGACUCGUAUGCUCACCCUGCAGAAGGCGCUGAGCUCGUCUGAACAGGACCGAAGGCUGCUGCAGGAACAAACGGAUGAAGCUCGAGCAGCAUUGGCAGAGACGAAGAGGAGCUUGGCGGCUCUCACCGAGCGCAUGCAGGACCUGCAGACUGAGCUGAGCCAGAGCGAGCAGCGGCGYGAGGAACUGGAGUCGGAGCUCAGCGCCUCUCAGGAGGCMCUGCGUCAGCGCUCGGCGAGUCUCGUGGAGGCGCAGCGCAGCGUUCAGUCCGCCCAGAUGGAGCGGGCCGCCGUGGAGGAGCGGCUGCGCGGCCUGCAGAGGGCCGUCGCCAUGCUGGAGACGGAGAAGAAAGAUGCGGAGAGGCAGGCGGUGAGGCUGGAGAAGGACAAGAACGCACUGAGGAGCACGCUGGACAAGGUGGAGCGUCAGAAGCUGAAGUCUGAGGAGGGCAGCAUGAGGCUGUCUGCAGAGAGAAGCCGCCUGGAUCGCUCCCUGAACACAGCGGAGCAGGAGCUGCAGGAGGCGCAGCAGCAGAUACUGAUGCUGCAGACGCAGCUGGCUGACACGGAGCACAGCCACGCUCUCUGUGAGGGUUUGGUGCGGCAGCGCGACGAGGCCCAGCGGGAGGCGGAGAGCCUGAGGAGCAGCCUCAGAGACGUGGAGCGAACGCUGGGCGUCAGAGAGCGAGCUCACCGACACCGAGUCAAAGGGCUGGAAGAGCAGGUUUCCACCCUGAAGGAGCAGCUGCAGCAGGAGAUCAAACGCUGGCAGCCCUCUCUUUCUCCCUCCUUACUGUCCAAAGGAAACUGAGAGGAAACCAUCAACUCUAACCAACAAACAGAACCUUGCAACUCUGCUGACUGGUUGUUCUUCGUCACUUUAACACCACCGUCGUUUCAAAAGGUGCUUUAUUGACAAUUUUGAACCGUACAAAAACAAUGAUGUGACUGCAGAUUAUUGAAAACACAUCUGUAACUAUCAGCUUCUUGACAAACCGUCUGCUCCGGUUCAAGAGAUAAAAUCAGGUCACAACAAAGUUUGGAUGUUUUCCUAUUUAAUUUUUAUUCUUCCUCACUCAGAGAAACUGACUGAAGGUUUUUAUUGUGACUGAAAACAAACAUAACAGUUUAUUUUAUUAGAAACAGAUUUUACCGAUGUUAAAAUGCUAUUUUAAAACUAAAACUGAUCACUUUUAUAAAAUGGCACCCUGACAGUAUGUAUUUUUAUUAGUUAAAAGGAUAGUUAAGGCCUUUUAUAGUGGAAUUCUGUGAAAAGGUUAAGCACAAUUAAUAUGUUACCUGUUGUAGAUGGACRUUUAAACAACUUUUAAACAAAUUUUGUCUUGAGGAAACCCUUGACUUUACUGUGUUGCGUAGCAUUGCUAAGAGUUAGCUGGGUGAUUUUAGCCAGGCGUUUCAAGUGGGAGUUUCUUGGAUGUGGGCCUGGUUUGGGCAAACAAUUUACUAUGUUGAUGAGGUUUGAAGAAGUCAUAAUGGUUUGGUUGGAUGAACAAGUGAUAAUUCAGAUCGUUAAUUUUGAAUGUGAACAAUAAUUUUAGUCAUAACUCAAAACAGGAAGGUGCUAGCCUCAUGAAAUUUAAAGUCAAUGAACUAUUUUUACAGUCAUUUUUUUGGGACUUUGUUCUGUUUUAGAUUAUAAAUAGACAGUCAAUAAGGUCAACAACAUGGAAAGAGUGGGAACCAAGAGUAGUCAACUCCUCAGACACUUGAGAUCGGAUCGGGCCAUUAUGUUAUCUCAGGAAAUGCUACAGCUAGCUGCUCUUUAUUGUGUUUGCAAGUGUGACGUUUGCAAAAGAUCAGAAUCUUUUGAACGCUUUCUUACAAUGAACUAUAAGUAAAGAGCCAUUUGUGGUUUUAUUUUKUUUUUAUUUUUCCCCCAAUUGCUCCUCUUUCACGUUUUCACAGAAAACAGGCAAAGCGGUGGAGUACAGCAGCACAGGGGAAAUGGUACCAGCCAGUCAUCACAUACGCCAUAUAUGAUCAUGAUAUGACCCGUUUAAAAUCAAACAGCUCUAGGAAACAAACGCCAGAGUAAAUGUUUGAGACUGGAGUUGUUUUCAGAUGGCAGUAAUAAAAAAUAUUUUCACUUUGAGUUGUUGGCUCAAUCUGGUGAGAAUUCAACAUUUUCCAACUCAGACUGCAUAAGGAGCUCCAUCUAUAUCCAUUUCACAGAAUAUUACUUUAAAGGGUUUGUACUACCCCUUUAAUAUGAGAUGUAAAUAUGUAUUUUUAUUAUACAGUAUGAACACUAACAGACAUCCGUGUCACUUGUGUUGAAGAUAAACCAAGUUUGUUGGAGAAUAAAAUGACGUCUUGCUCAUAA